GAUGAAAUCACUAACUGAAUCAAAAAGUGAGGUUAAUGAUAAAACUACUGAAAUCCAUAAUGACUCAAAUGGCAACACCACUAAAGAAGUUAAAAACAAGAAUUACACUGACUUACCAAAAUCUGGAAUCCAUUAUGUGUCUCAUAAAAUAAAAACACAGCUGAUAACAUGCUAUGAUUAUGAAAAUGACGAAAGCUAUGUGAAAACAGAUAGGUUGACACCAUCAGAAAUUGGAAUGAAGUUGACUAGAAUAGUUGAACAUGAGUUUGGUGACAGUCAUGAUAGACCUAAACCAGACGAUUUGAAAUAUAACACAGUCCAUAACAAUAGAGAAUUGAAACAAGUUAUGUCCACGUUUGAUGUGAAUCUUAAUCACGUGCAGGAUGAUGAGCUGAUUCAGGAAUAUGAAAGUUCAUUACAGGAACUAGGAAAUGGGUCAACUGACAAAGGUCUUGGAAGACAAAGUCGAGGCAAGUCAUCUGUAGUUAAAAUUGAUUUAACUGAUGACAUUCAAGACAAUCCCAAGUUUGGCUUUGAUGAUUUUGAUGUUAAUGGCCCAAAUUUAAGUAGCCAAACAAAUAUUGCAACUUUGACAAUAGAUAACGAAUUAGGCAUGGUUAAAUCAAUUGGAGCGAGUGUUAAUGUGAAAGGCUCUUACGAAAAUAAUGGUUUGCUGAAUGUAAAAUCUGCAAGCAUGAAAGAUGAAAGAAGCAGUGGGUAUAAAUCUAACAGCCAGUUCAAGAAAGAGGAAAGAGAGGGGGUGAAACAAUAUAAAUUUGCGCAGACAAAACCAAUCAGUGCCGAUCGAAAACCUUGCACUAACUUUGAGAGCACUGGUUAUGAUGAAAGCAAGGUAGUGGUACCAAGUACUCCACCCAGGAAGGAAAAGCAAACUGUGAAAAGCAGAUCAAUGGGCUAUAAGGAUGUGCAAGCAAGUAAGUCUACCGGAAACUCUGUUAAUGUAAGACAGGACAUAUCAAAAGUACCUAGUUUUUACAGAACAAGUCAUACGGAAACGCAAACGAGCAAGCCUCCACAUGGAAAUAAGGACAUUUCAAAAUUCAACAGCUUGUCUAAAACUAAGAGUAUCAAUCAACAUGAAGAUACAAGGAAGUCUUUCGGGAAAACUGUAUAUAAAAGCAACAACAAUAAAAAAGUAAACAGUUUCUAUGGCAGAAAUGAUAGAGAAGCACAUGUUGAAAUAAAUAAGUCAAUAGGAAGGCCUGUCUUUGCAAGUAAAGACAUUUCAAAAUUCGACUGGUUUGGCAACACUACAAGGAAGGAUCAACAAUUACAUGCCAAAAAUACUAUGAGGAAUUCUGCUAACGCAAGCAAAAGCAAUCCAAUAUAUAACAAUUCACAUAUUACCAAUGAUAAACAGGCACAAGUGCAAACAGGCAAGCUAAAGGAAACGUCUUGUUUUGAAAGCAAAUAUAUUUCAAAAAUAGACAUUUUGGAUAAAGCUACUCGUAGGGAUCAACAUGGACAGGGAAUGGAGAGGUCUUCUCAAGCAAACAAGGGUAAUCCAUAUCGAAACAAUUUCUAUACCAAACGUGAUAAACAAACAGAUUUGCAGUCAAGCAAGGAAACUUCUGCGUAUAAAUCGAAAGAUAUUGCAAAAAUGAACAUUACUGCUAAAACUAGCAAAGGCCAAUCUGGCAGAGCACUAAGGGAUACGGAUGGUGGUUUAGGAUCAGAUGAGGAUUUAUUUGGAUCAGAUGAUGAUCUUGAUGAACUCCUAGUAAAAAGUUUUACAGAUGAUUUCGAUCACAUGAAUUGUCAUCUUGGUACUCAAGGGGAUAGCGAUGAUUUAAAAUGGAUGGAAAAUGAUGUAAUUAAUGAUGAUGGUGGUGUGAAGGACUUACUUGGUAACCUUGACAACGACAUGGAUGACGACACUUUGGUGGCAUGUUAUGACGACGCAAUGUCACCGACGAUUCAAGUCAGGGAGAACGGGCCUAACUCAAGGCUUUCUGGUUCUUCAAGAAAUGAGAUGACGUCCAAAGGAGUGAAAAGAAAGUUGAAUAUUCCUGAUGCACAGUCUAAGGUCAGAAGAUCAGGGAGUUCAAAUAUACCUGAUAAUGUUGGCAUUUCACGUGGUUUGGAUAAAUUCUGUGAAAACGAUGUAGAUGAAAGGAUCAAGGAAUGUCCAUUCUGUGCAAAAAGCUUUCAUUCUAGGUUGGUACUGUACAUAAAGCAAUUUUCAAACCCCUAAUUUAUUCAUAUCCAAAGCAAAAUUGACAAACGGUUACUUUUUCUGUUAUUAAAAUAGGUUUCAGAAAUAGCUAUUAAUAUACUGUAAUGUUUUUUACACGUACAUUUUACACAUAUUUUGUAUUUUUACAGGUUUUCCAAAGGAGAUAUCGAUCAGCACAUAGCCUUGUGCUGUAGUAGCGAAGACAUUGGUAUUGACGAUGCCUUUUGGUGAAUUUAAAAUUUGCUAAACUCUAUAAUAACCGUGUGUUGUUUUUCUCUUGGCAAGUGAAAUCCUUCCCUAAAAACCGAGUGUACGUCUUUUAAAUAUUUCAAGUGCUUGUUGUUGGUCAUUUUUCUAAUUCUGUCUGUCAUGCUGUCAAUAAACUGUGAAGUGACUACAUCUGCUAUCCAUACAUCUGUACCCUAUACAUGUGAUUUAUCCGUCAACUAAUUCACUUUUACUCGUCUUUGUACCUUGCUUGUCCAUUAACCGAACCAAGGUCAUGUAUCCAUAUUAAAGGCGUUCAAAACAUUGUCAUCAAAGGGGAGAAUGGGGAGCAUAUUAAAACCAGUGGAUUAUAGAAGUUCAUUACUGUACCAUUCUGCAUGCAUUAUGAAAAUCCAGAGGAAUGAUAUUUGAAGGUAUGCUAAUUGAUUAAUUUAAAUAAAUUGACAAUUUAACACAGUGAUAAAGUUGUGAUUUUAAAGUUUUUAUAAUUCACAAUAAAUUUAAUAAUAUAAUCAAUAAAUCAACUAUAAUCUAACUUUACGACUAAAUACCUAUGAUUAACAAUUUAAUAAUAAUACUAGUACUCGCUGAUGAAUAUAUUAUACUGUAACUGUAAACCCGAAUUGGUUUUUAGGUUGUUAGUAAAAAGCAUGCAUUGAAAUUAUUUUAUAAUCUGUUUCACAGUCUUCAAUGGAAAGGUGUUAAGGAAAUACUAACAAUUUGUCGCUAUAAUGUAAUUCACAACCUGAUGUGGAUAGGCCGUAUGCCUUUUUAUGUAUAGAGUAAUACUAGCAAUCCAAUAGGCAUGCGAGUUAUCACAAUUUUGCCUGCGCAUGCAGCCUCACGGGGGAGGGGGAGGGAGAGCAUUGUAAAUUAGUUGUAAAUAUAUGAUAGCCAUGGUAAAUGUGUCUAUAAUCUAUGUCUCUAUUAUAUCAUCAUAUUUUGUUUUACAGCUAUAGUACAGUAGCUAUAAUGUUAUUUAAAUACAUAUGUUGUUUCUAGUAUAGAUUUUUGCCUUUGCUCUAAAAUUCCUUCAUUCACUUAUUAAGAAUGUUUUUAUUUUUGUCCUGUUACUGCUGCAGCUUCGAAGCUAUAAAGUGAAUAAAAUAUUUGUGUUUAGUUUAAUUUUCUUAAAUGUGUCAACUACGAUAAAUAUUUAUUAUUCAUAACGACUUUCUAAAGAAAGUAUGUGCUGCAUGCAUGCAUGUAUGGUAUAUUGCUUACCUUGAACCUGACGCCAAUGUUCCACGUUCUAGAAUAUAGCAACAGAAAUAGUUUAGAUAUCAACUCCAAAAGAAGCUACUGUAAUUUCUGAUAAGGCAUGCUUCCAAAAGGGCCACAAGUCAUUCUUCAAAUUGUAACUGAGUGACAUUGUACUGCGGGGGAUUCUUUGGAUUAGUAAGCGUUAACAAGCUGAUCAUGCAAUUUAAUUACAAAAUGUUGACAAUUAUUGCAGCAAGCGAAUGAAACUAUAUACCUACUGUAAUGUUGCAUGUUUUAUAUACUAUGGUUUUUUGCGUUUAGUUCUAGUUUAGUUGCAAUCAAUUCAGUGGACGAAAUUAUUUUGGCAUGACUAAAAUGGGGUUUUAGUUCAAGUUGACACUAACUAUAACUAACUAUAUAGAGAAUUAUUAUGUAUGUAAACAUUUACUUUGUCUUGCUCUGUCCGUUGUUUCUUUUGUUCUCAAUGUAAUACCAAAUAUAUCUUCAUGAUAGAUGCCAUUAUUCUGUGGGGAAAAAUAUAACGUGAACAUAACUUCGAAUACAAUUCUAAUUAAUAUAAAUAUGCUCUAAUUGCAUAAAUCACAAUUUGAUAUACAAACAUUGUUGAUAAUAUCUAAAUAGUUGUUUUUGUGUUAAGGAGUAGUCGAAUUUAAUACCUAACUGACAGUGUCAAUAAAAAUACUUAAAUAUAAGAUGUACAUAAUUUGUAUUAAGAGUUUAGUUCUAAAUUUCUACCUUCAUAUUUUGAACGAAGUCUUUGGUAUCAUUGUCAUGCUGCUUUCCCUCUGCUUCGAGUGCAUUCUAGAAAGCAGAAAAAAACUGUUACUAAUUGUUACUAACUGUUAAUAAUUACUGUUAAUUUUUGCAAUUUGUUCCUUGCUAUGCAGGUGUUUUGCAAUGUCAGUGUUCGUGUUUUGUCCUAAUGCCCUUGUGAUUUAAACAUUCAUAUUGUUUACUUAUUUUGCCCAAAUUGCAUACAGUAUAACGAUAGUAAGAUGUAAUGAUUUACAACUGUAUACAAAUGUUAGGACUAAGGAUCUUUAUGAAACCCUUAUGGGCUUUUAUUAUUAUAUUCCCUUGAAAUAUUAAUAUAUUUAAUUGUAUUCCUAUAUAAUUUUAAAAAUAAUUCGCCGAUUUUAUCCAACAAAUAAAUUUUCAAAGGACGUGAAGCUCACCUCGAGUGAGGUGUGCACGUCAUCCGCCAUGGAAACGUCUCCACAGACAAAGAAAUGUCCUCCCUUGUUCACCAACAUGUCGUAAAUUUCACUCGCAUUUUUCUUGAUCAAGUCUUGUACGUACGUCUGAAAAUAGAUGAACAUCGACAUGUGACGUAGUUUAUUUAUUAGAGGGUGGGGGGGGGGGAUUUAUUGGGGUGUUCAAAAUUGUUGAAUUUCCGAGAGGAAAAUCCACCAUCCCGAUCCAAAAUAUUUGAUCAAUUUAUAGCGCAAUCCUUUGCGGGAUCCCCAAUAAUUUGCUGUAUAAAAUACUAGAACAUAGGUAUUGCAUUUUGUGGGACAUUCAAAUUUUGGUACAUUUUUGCACAAAAUAAUUAUUACAGUUUGUCAGUGAGGAUUUAAUUGUUGUCAAACAUAAAAAAUCCCUGAGUAUAUUUUGCUUCAAAAACUUUAGUAAAAUACAAUAUGCACCCACAAUGACUCAAUAUUUGGUGUAAAAUUACUCAAUUUUUUAUUGGUUUCAAUUAUACUUAUUUUUUUUUAGUAAAUAUUUACUUUACUCAAGAAAUGAGUAGAUUUACCCAUAAUAUUUUGUGAGUUAUUGUGGGUGCGUUAUUAUUUUACUCGCAUACUGUAUUUGAGUCAAGUACUCAUUUUGCAUUGUAUAAAAGUAGUAUUUUUCAUACCUUUGGUACAUUGGGUUCUCUAGAGAAUGCCGUAUAGACGGUAUCUAACCCCCCUUCUCUCAUUGCAUGACUUGUCUCAUGUUUGUAGAUGUCGUCGUGUUCUGAACUGCGGCAACCGAAAUACAGGGUCAGCGGUCCCCAUGUAGAGUUCUUAUCUUUGCUCAGUGUUGUCGGUCCUGAAAAAAGAAACAAAAUAUUUCUCAAUAUAAAUUUUACGUGAAAUGGAAAAUUGACUAGUGAUUAAGUAAAACCAAUAUCAAAUUAAAAUUCUUUAAAUCUAAUUAUAAAAUAAAUAAUAAUUAUAAAUAUAUAGCCCUGCGAAGUUUGCCGUUUUUCAGUCAUUUUGUAUUUACCAUAGACAAUCCCAAAACAUUUUGGAUUGCCUAUGGUAUUACGCACGGGAUAUUGAUACAUUUUUAAAGUUUUUUUUCAGAAAGCGGUAUCAAUUUCCCGCGCGUAAUACAAAAUGACUGAAAAACGGCGAACUUCGCAGGGCUAUUACUAUAUUAUCCGCAUUUUACAACAUUUCGCAACGAAACUUCGGAAUAUUACUAAUGUUGUGAUGCUCUUUCAAGCUGUGAUGAAAUUUUUGUCUAGACUUGUUUAGAUCAAAAUUUUGUUCAUUAGGAAAUAGGUCAAUGUAAGCCGGUUUUCAAACUUAUCAUGAACUUGCGCUUCCCUACUAUAGUCUUCUAACUUAGGCAUUUACAAUCAUUGUAGAUUAACUUACUUUGGUUCUUUCCUUUGUCUUUGACUUUGUUUGUCAACUUAUUUUUUUUCUCAAACAAACGUUGUUGCCAGAAACUGCGGAAUGGCGCUAUACCCGUGCCAGGCCCUACCAUGAUGACGGGGAGGGAAGGAUCUUCUGGCAUGUGGAAUGAAUGAGCACUAUAAAUAAAUAAAUUUUUUUCUUAAUUUAGUAGCGUAAUUUAAACCUAAAACAAAGUAUUUUCGGGAGGACCAUGCACUAAGAAGAUUUUAAGUUUCUCAUCGCACAUACUGUAUGCGAAAAAUGAAAAAAUUGCUUGUUAAUGGACCAUUUGCAGUAUAGACUAAAUUUUAUCUAGACAAAAAUUUCAUCACAGCUUGAAAGAGCAUCACAAAAUUAGUAAUAUUCCAAAUUUCGUUACGAAAUGUUGUAAAAUGCGGAUAAUAUAGCCUUGUGAAAUUUGCAAUUUUCAGUCAUUUUGUAUUACAAACGGGGAAAUUGAUGCCCCAACACCCGAUUGGGCUGUCAAUUUCGCGUGCGUAAUACAAAAUGACUGAAAAUUGCAAACUUCACAAAGCUAUAUUAUCCACAUUUUACAACAUUUCGCAACGAAACUUUGGAAUAUUACUAAUUUUGUGAUGCUCUUUGAAGCUGUAAUUUUUUGUCUAGACUUGUUUAGAAAUGGUCCAUUGUAGCAUGAAAACAUUUGACUUACUGUCUAACAGAGCAUGGAAUCAUAUCGCCUGGCUUGAGGCUUUCUAUCCAAGUGGAACACACUCCAUUGUGGACUGGACCUUGGCCAUCUGUUAAGAAAAGAUAAUCAUGGUCAUAUGGAAUUGCAUGAGAGUUGGCAAGCCAGAGUUUUUGCAUGAGAGUUUUCUCAACUCUCAUGCCCCGGUCAAACGAGAACAAGAGUUGCAUGAGAGUUGAUUGGAUAUUACCGCGUUAAUAGGGAAAACUCUUAUCAAAAUUUGAACCAGCUCAAAGUUGAUGAGAGUGCCAGACUUGGUGUUCAAACGCGAGCGAUAGUUGCAAUUCUCAUCAACUUUCAUUCCCAUUCGACUGGGGCUUUAGUAUUCACUGAAUAAGCUACAACACAAUUACCUUAUAUCUUAUUGGAUUCUUCUGAGCCCAAUAUGCUACCACAAGCUGUAGUAAAAUCAACCACCACAAGCUGCAGUAAAAUCAACCACCAUUAUACUAACAACAAUCUCUGUAGAAACUUACUUUCUUUUUUAAAUCUUACAACAGCAACCGUGGCAUGGAUCUCCCCAGGAUGUGCUUGAGGUGACGAUGAAAUAGAGUAGAAUCUCUGGUAAGAAAUAUCAAUGUAUAAGAAAUAAAUAAUAC